AUGCUUCAGGAUCCAGGGUCACGAUGGGGCGAACAAGUCCCUCGAGCCUUGCAUCCCUUCAGCAUCUUUCCCAUCGACACGGAUUCCAGAGCUCGGCAGCUGAUCCAUUUUAUGCAUGUUGAGGGCGACUACCUCUACCGACCGUUCCGAAACGAGUGGUGGGCAAUGGCUGUUGUAGACUGCACCGCGUUCUACCUCUCAUUAGCGAACGCGGCGUUAUUCUUCAACCAAAAGACCAUGAACAAAGGCAGCGAAUACAGCGACUUCGAAGAGUCCUCGAAAUAUCUGAGUCUGUGUCUCAACCAAGUCGUGCAUAGGCUUAACCAAGAACCCGACAACGUCAGCGAAGGUGUCAUUACCACGGUGCUUGGAUUUCUCUGUCACGACUGUACUAUUGGCAGAUGGGACCGGUACGCUAUGCACAUGGGUGGUCUGCAGAACAUCCUUCGGAUUCGUGGCGACUUCCAGCGUCUUGACAGCACUAUCGCAAUGUUCGUAUCUUGGUUCGAUGUGCUCGGAUCCUCGAUUUUUGACACGAAGCCGCUCUUCCCGUUGCCUCGGAGCUCCACCGCAUCGACCUCACAUGACGGCACGCUAUCCAUAGCGCUGCAGCGACUCGUCCUGCGACUCUCAAGUGGCUCGAACCAAGAUAAAAAGAUAGCUACUGCUCUUGAAUCCUCUGCGCAGCUGGCUGCGUUCGUGAACGAAAAUGCGAAUAAUCCACGAUUCUGGAAAGACGGUGCAACUGCAGCGAGACGCAUCACGCCCAUCAUGCAUCUUCUCCUAUCACUACCGCGAUCACCCGAAUUCGAUGCUCCUAGCACUGUAAUCCCGGAAAUCGCGCCGCCUGAGCUGGUACGGCUUGCCCUACUUAUCUUGUUGACCAGGUUGAAGAAAGCAUUUUCGCUCGUCUCGGACGAACUUCACACCCUCCUAGAGCGAUUCCGGCUCAUGGUCAGUGCCUCAAUAUGCUUCGACGGGACAUUCCCGGAGCUUUUUCUGUGGUGCUCCGUCAUCGUUGCAACAAUGGAUCGAGCAGAGCAACAGAGAAUUGUCUAUAUCAGUGCCAUUUCUACUUCUAUGGGGAACAUGGGGAUUCAAUCCGGCGAAGAUGCCAUUGCAUGCGCAAAGCAGCUCGUCUGGAUUGAUUCAUUGAUGGGCACUGGGGCUCGAAGCCUCGAGUCCGAGCUCGAUUGUGCUACUCGCUCCCUUUCCAUGUCCCCAGAAGCUUCCCACUUCAACAACCCGUUUGCGUCACUUCAUACAGCCUGA